AAUUUGUCAGGUUUCAGGCAUAGAGCCCAGUAAACACACACCACAACAAAUCUAGGGAAAAAUAAAAUAAAUAUAAAGAACAAAACCCAUACCAAGUGACUUCCCAGUCUUUCUCAGCUCUCUCUCUCUCUUCCACAACAACAAAGAUCUUCACUUUUCACUAGAUCCUACCAAGACUCCAAGAGUAGUGAGACUAAGAAACUGUAAUGGAUCUUUCUUCUCUUCGCGGCUCUUCCUCUCUGACACUGAGCUUCAUAGUUCUGCUCUUGGCUUCCACAGGUUCUUAUGGUUCAACCUUCACAUUUGCUAACCGGUGCGGCUUCACCGUCUGGCCCGGAAUCCUAGCCAAUGCUGGCUCUCCUACUCUCUCCACCACCGGUUUUGAGCUCCCUAAGGGCACCUCACGCUCUCUCCAAGCCCCUACCGGUUGGUCCGGUCGUUUCUGGGCUCGUACCGGUUGCAGCUUCGACGGUUCCGGCUCCGGUACCUGCAAAACCGGAGACUGCGGCUCAAACCAAGUCGAAUGCGUCGGACUCGGCGCCGCGCCGCCCGUAACUCUCGCCGAGUUCACUCUAGGCACCGGCGGCGACGACUUUUACGACGUCAGCCUCGUCGACGGUUACAACCUUCCGAUGAUCGUUGAAGUCGCCGGUGGAUCUGGGCAGUGCGCUUCCACGGGCUGCACUUCCGACCUUAACCUUCAGUGCCCCGCUGAGCUGCGUUCCGGCGACGGUGACGCGUGUAAAAGCGCGUGCGAGGCGUUUCGGAGUCCUGAGUACUGUUGCAGCGGCGCGUACGCUACACCUUCCACUUGUAGGCCUUCGGUUUACUCGGAGAUGUUCAAAGCAGCGUGUCCUCGCUCCUAUAGCUACGCUUACGACGAUGCUACGAGCACUUUCACUUGCGCCGGUGGAGAUUAUACGGUGACGUUUUGCCCUUCAUCACCUAGUCAGAAAUCAACGAGCUACCCCACCCCGGUACAAGACUCGUCGGCGACCUCACAAGGUUCGGACCCCGUGCCCGGUUCAGAUACAGGUUACUCGGGUCAGGGUCAACAACAGUCUCAAGGUCAGGGUCAACAACAGGCUCAGGAUCAGGGUUAUGGAUACGGGUCUCAGGGUACUGGGUCGCAGGUUGGUUCGGGAGAGACGAUGUUACAAGACGGAUCAUGGAUGGCUGGUUUGGCUAUGGGAGACUCUAGCAGAUUAACCGGUGCUUCACUAGCAAUGCUACUCGCCGGAUUUACCUUUGUGUUUCCUUUUAUUCUCUCGUAGCAUCAUCGUCUUUGACUUUCCCUUUGUUUAAUGUUAGACUGUCUUGUUGAUAAUCAGUUUUUUUUUCUCAAGUAGGACUGCAACAAUUUGGGGUUUUAGGUUGUUUUGUAUUGGAGCUUUGUGUGUGCGUGUUCUUGCUUCAUCUGUCUUUAAAGAAUGUUUGUUUAAUGUUCGACAUUGUGAGAUAUGUUUUGUGAUUUAAUCA